UAUAUAAACCCUUGCAUGCCAGUAGACGUCCUGUAGGUGCUUUGUUAAUAUAUAUAUAUAUAUAUAUAUAUAUAUUUUUGCUUUUCACUUCUCUUAUGGCAACUGAUAGAGUUUCAAAAUCAUCUAAGUGGUUCUCUAACAAGGGUCUGAAGUUAAGUCUCCAUCGUCGUAGAUCAAAGUCUAGUUCAACGUUAAGCUCUCCUAACUCCCUCAUGUUCCCAUAUACACCAAAGAAGGAUGGAGCUAGAGAAGAUGAGCUAAAAGAAGUUUUUCGUCAUUUCGAUAGUGAUGGUGAUGGAAGGAUCUCAGCCCUAGAGCUUAGGGCAUACUUUAGAUCCAUAGGGGAGUACAUGUCACAUGAAGAGGCACAAUCAGCGAUCAACGAUCUUGAUGCAGACCAGGACAACAUGCUGGACUUCCAAGACUUUUUGAGGCUAAUGAAGAGGGAGGCUAAUGAUUAUGAUGAUGAUCUCAAAAUGGCCUUUGAGAUGUUUGAAAUGGAGAAGGGAUCGGGGUACAUAACACCAAAGGGCUUGCAAAGGAUGCUGCAUCGACUAGGAGAUGCAAAGUCUUAUGAUGACUGCGUGGCCAUGAUUCAUGUUUUUGAUAUUGAUGGUAAUGGAGUCCUUGAUUUUCAUGAGUUUAAUCAAAUGAUGGCUUGAUUUGAAAUCUGAAUUUGUAAAUAAUGUCAACAAAAAUAAAAUAAAAUUCAAUUACCUAGCUAGAUCUUCAUGAAUCUUCUCUCUUUUUCCUUGUAAUUUGGGAAUCCCUUGUUGGCGUGAGUCAAAAGAAGAGUGGCCUCACAACCUUAUAGUUAUGCCUGUCGCGCAAAGCAGAACCAAUCGUGGAAAUAAAGGAUAAAGUAUGUUUGAUUAUAA